AUGACCAACAACACGCUCCACAAGGAACAUUUGCAAGUUGCUUCCUGUCUAAAUGGGCAAGUUCAUGAAACUGGGAAAGUGGUGUUGGUCUUGGCUGGACGCGACUCCGGACACAAAGUCAUCAUCGUGAAUAACAUUGAUGAUGGCACCUCAGACCACCCUUACAGCCAUGCCCUGACAACUGGAAUUGACCUGUAUCCCCGAACAGUGACAGCUGUCAUGGGCAAGAAAAUCGCCAAGUGGUCAAAGAUCAAGUCCUUUGCGAAAGCUUGUGAGUACAAUCACCUGAUGCCCACAGGUCCUCUGUUGACAUCCCCCUGGAUAAAACCCGCUGUCAACAAGGAUGUCUUUAGGGACCCAGCCCUUAAACGCAAGGCAAGGUGGGAAGCCAAGGUCAAGUUUGAAGAAGGAUAUGAGACAGAAAAGAACAGAUGGAUUUUCCGGAAGCUUUGCUUUUAG